AUGAUUGAUCAAUCAUGUUUUUAUCUUCAAUUAUUUAUUGAUAAAGAUAUGAUAACUAAUUAUUUUAUUGGUUUUUUAUUAAUUAAUUUAAUUAAUUCAAAUCCAUUUAACAGAAAUAGAUGUGAUGUAUGUAAUCUAACAGGAGAUUUUAUUCCAUCAAAUGGUUAUCAAUGUUUUAUAUCGCGUGAUGAUGAAAUAAUAUGUACUUGUCCUGAUAAUCUUCAAUCAACAAUAAAUCGUCCAUGUCGAAUUUGUCAUCGAGAAAAUAUUUGUGGUCCAUCUGAUGCAUUAUGUUCAGAAGAACCAAGAUUUUUUAAUUUAAAUAAUAAAAAAUCUAAUUUUGCUUGUUUUUGUUCAUCAGGUAUUUAUCUAUUUGAUAAAAAAUGUCCACAAGAAAUAAAUCCAUCAACAACUGAAACAAGUUUAAUAGAUGAAACAACAUCUAUAUCAAUGUCAACAACAACUUUUAUUCAACAAACAAUAACAACAGAUUCUUUUAUUAAUCAAACAAAUUCUGAUUCAAUAUCAACAAUUUUUUCUACAGAAGAAACAACUAUUCCUUUUAGUACAACAAGUUUUAUUCCAAUCAGUUCAAUUAACCCUCAACAAGAAACAACAGAAUCAUCUAUACCUAUACCUAACUGUCGAUCAGUUGCUUCAUAUAUAUUUAUUAAAAAAUAUUUUUUUAUUUUAUUAAAUAUUGUUUAUUUCUUAAAUAAAUGA